AUGGACGCCUUCCACCCCUACGCUGAUCUCUUCGCCAACCCCAAGGGCCCUGGAGAUGCCCGCCCCACCGCACUUCAAGUCAUUGAGGAUAGCAAGCUCGGCAACGAAUGGACGGGCCGGGUCGUCCUCAUUACCGGAGGCACUUCCGGACUCGGUCUUGAGACUGCUCGAGCGCUCCACACUGCCGGGGCCGACGUCUACAUCACGGCUCGAGACUCAGCGAAGGCCAAGGGUGUCGUUGAAGACAUCACCAAGUCUUCCAAGGGUAACGGAAAGUUCGAGGCCAUUGACAUGGACUUGAGCUCCCUCGACUCUGUCAAGAACGCUGCGCAGGCUUUCUUGGACAGAUCGACGAAGCUCAACGUGCUUAUCAACAACGCUGGCAUCAUGGCAGUCCCUGAGCCAACCAAGACCAAGGAUGGCUUCGACGAACAAUUCGGCGUCAACCAUCUGGCCCACUUCACCUUUACCACAUUGCUUCUCCCGAUCCUCAUCAACAGCAGCACACCUGAGUUCAACUCCCGCGUCGUAGCCAUCACCUCCUCAGGACAUAGGUUCUCUUGCAUCAGAUUUGACGACUACAACUUCACAAAGGGCGAGUACAACCCUUGGCUCGCAUACGGCCAGUCCAAGACUGGCAACAUUUGGAUGUCCAACUACAUCGACCGCGUCUACGGUCCCCGCGGAGUGCACUCCGUGAGCGUCCAGCCUGGAAUCUGCACGACUCCUCUCCACGUGCACAUCGACCCUGCGCAGGCUGAGACUUGGCAGUCAGACCCGGCGGUCGCAGCUGGCAUUAAGACGCCGGAGCAGGGCGCCGCGACGCCUACUUGGGCUGCGAUUGCUGACGUCUGGGAGGGCAAGGGCGGGAAGUAUUUAUUUGACGUCGCUCUGGGUGGUCCAGCAGCCGCUGAGACUGCAAUGUCAAUGGCUGAUCACGGAUAUGGGCCCCAUGCUUUUGAUGAGGAGGGAGAGAAUAAGCUAUGGGAGCUUAGCUUGAAGCUUACUGGUGUCAAGCUAGAAGUUUAG